AGCUUAUUAUCUUUCAACCCAUACAGUAAAUAUUUACUAUAAUAAACUGAUUUCCUUUUUUUUAUAAAAGUAAGUAAGUAACGCCAUCUCGUGGAAAUUUCAUUUCGUUCUUUCCAAAAUCCAAUUUUUUUUGUAAACAGAAGAAUAAAAUAAUUAAUUUUACGAAUUGUCAAAUAAAUAGCAUACAAAAAUGGCAUCACAAAAAUUCUUUCGAUUCUUUACAACGGAAAGAGGUAAAAAAUUCAUGAUGUACACGUCGACAAUAGCUGGGUUAUCUGCAUUUUGCAUAAAAUAUCUACCGCAUACGCUUUUAGCUGAAAAGCACAAGGAAAUAGUUGCAUCUUAUCAAAAUGGCAUUGAAAGGAAAGUCAGUGAAACACUCGAAAAGCGGCUCGUUACAGCACUAAAUUCACUUAAAAUUACUGAUUCCGAAAGAGAUUUCUUUGUGCCUUUCAUAGUAUCAGGCUUUGAUUUAUACUCGAUUGGUUCAACAAAGUUUCGUGAUGGUUGUCUUGUUGGAAUUCCUGUUAACUAUUCAUAUACUGCAAGUGAUGAAAUCCCUCGUACUGAAAUUACUGUAAGAGGAUAUGAUCAAGUGGAUUGGAGCUCAAAUGCUGGAAAACUUUUGCAGGAGGGAUUAGUUUUAUCAGAGCCUGAACAAAUAUUUGGAAUAUGUCGUGAAAUACUUGAAUUGAAAUCCCACAAAGUAUUAUUCAAUGCAUUAUAUCCAGUUGGAUCAAUUCUUUUGUAUUACAGCAUAACUUCCACAGUAAAUACACGUAAUCACCUCUUUAAAGGACCUUUGUCACUUCGUUUGGUGAUGUAUUCAAUAGUUGGUCUCUUUUCUUUAGGAAUAUAUUGCUUCGUCAAAGAUUUCACUCAAGUAGCUCUUGACAAAUAUGUGGAUGAAACUUUGGCAAAUUUGGGGGCGAAUUUUCUAGUUGCUGGAUUAGGCUUUUAUGAUAAAAUACUCAAAAAGAACAUGGCAAUUAAAAAUCUGACUAAUACAAGUGAAUUAACAGCCAUGGGCAACAUAAAUAGCUAUUUUAGAACUAAAACAAUACCAUUAACAGAUCGAAAAAUGUAUUUCCAAAAACGUCUUAAAGAAUUUAUCGCAGAAGAAGAAAAGAAAAAGGAAAUAGAGAUAGAUGAAACUAAAUGAAUGAUUUGUAGAAUUUCUAGUACUGUAUAAAUAAAAAGUUAUGAAAAUAAAAUGCUUUAAGCGUGUAAUAUGCUUUGACAUUCUGAUCGUGGUUCAACGUUACACGUUGAUCGAAAAAGUGAAAAGUUUGUCAAAAAUUCAGCUUAAAUGCUUAUGUUGUAGACAUUGGUCCCUAGUUUAUGGGAAAAAUAAUUUUUUCCCCCAGAAGUGCCUGGUCCACGAGAAAAGAGAGUUUGAAUUUUUGUACUUCGUGUAAUUUUUAAAAUGCUAUUGUGCUUUACCUACUUAUCCGUUUGUCUUCAAUUUUUUUUUUAUUUGAUAGAUACAAGUAAGAACUUUCUUCUUAUGAAUACCCAUAUGACAUACUUUUUGUACAUAAUGGUUCCUCAAAGUUGAAAAAAGUUUGAAAAAACUAGGUUUUUUGUCAUUUUUUGGACUUCAUGACUAUAUAAGGCUUUCUAAAUAUUUUUAGAUUGCAUUAUUUUGUAGAUCUCAUUUAUAUCUACAAACCUUACAUGCAUAAUCAGCAGAUUUUAUGUAGUUUGAGUAGUGAAAAUUAACUUUAAAGUCAAAAAUUUGCAUAUUUUUUGCUAUAUUCUCAAUUAUGAUCCACUGUCCAUGUCCGGCUCCCAAAUUUUAUUUCAUUAAUUUGUAGAUUUUAGUAUGUUGUAUUAAUUAAAGCUAAAUAAAAAAAGAAUUACCUGCCGGAAAGCAUCAAAAUAUUAGUCUGAACGUGGUCUAGUGAGGUAUCUCAAAAUUCAAAAUGAAUUUCCACACACCAAACUUAAUGAAAGGAACUGAAAUUUUCAGGUUAUAUUCAAAUAGCAAUGUACUUAACAUCCACAGUAAAAGUUUUUAAUUAAAAAUACAAUUUUGUUGAAAAUUAAGGCAAAAAGUGAUAUAUGAUGUUAUGAAACCAAUUAAUGCUCAAUAAAGCUACUUUAACUAGUUUGUAUCAAAACAUUUUUACAAUUUUCAUAUAGUUCAUUUAAAAAGCUUUCCAAU